AUGUACAUCCAGUCCUGCUUGAACCAAAGCAACCGCAACAAUAUGAGCCUGUCGAUGAGCUUACAGAAACAGAAGGACGCGAAUGCGGACGAGGGGGACUACGCCGACGGCCGGCGCAUCAUGAUUCACAACCCGCUUAAGGGCCAUCUCUUUAGCUGCUCCUCGGACUCCUCACUUGACAACUCCAUCUACCAGCCAGAGCUGAUUGUGGCAGCGCCCAGCAGCGCACAAAAGGCGAGUAGCGACCUCGGCAACCGCCUUGAUGCAACGCUUGGUUUCUGCGGCGAGGAGACGGCGCAAGGGCUGGUCGCUGAGCAAGUUGAGGGCCCAUGUGACGAGAAGCGCGUGAACCUGAUUGAGGUGCGCGCAAUCGACUCGGACGACGAGCCGUCCUCGCUAGAGGAACAGGAGCCACAAGUGUGUUGCACCCUUUCCAGUCUUCCUACCUUUGCUUCCAUCAUGUGCCUCGGUGCCAUUGUUGUGGGUCUGCUAGGCUUCCUUCCCUUCUACGUCGUCGGCGUCCAGUCGAACUCGCGCACCACGGAAUACCUCUUAAGGGAAGUCAUGACGAGUGCAGUCGCCAUUACGCAAGACAGCCUGUCAAUGCUUCCCGCCUUUGUGCGAAUCGUGACGUUUAAUUACAUGAAGCGCCAUAACACGACGCUGGAGGAGACGGACUUGGCCGAGGACCCAGAUCAGCUGCUGGCGUCGCUUCUCAUGGUUCUCGCUCGCUUCGACACAUCCAUUUCAUAUUUGCGACUCAUCUACGAAGGCGGUCUCUACACGAGUGCCGGGUACACGGAUCUGAGCCCGGCAGAUGGGGACCAGAUGCAAAAGUUGUACGGCGGUUAUAGUUGCACGCAGAACACAGUCCCAUUACUCGAAGUGUACAAGGAUAGCAUCACCGUUGUUGAGCCGCCCAAGGUCUUGGGUUACUUUGACUUCCACCACGAAAUCACGCACAUGGGAAGCGCCAUGAACCAGAUCGUGAAGACGUGGGCAGCGAACCCGCAAAACAACACGCGCUGGCUGCCAGCAUCUGACAACGCCAGUUCGACGUACUUCAAUUUUGUGAUGCCUUUUACUGUAAACGGCACCCUUGGCUACUGCGAGGCUGGUGCCUUGUCGAACGUGAUCAUUCGAGAAGCAACUGCCCUCGCCACUUUUCUGCGCGAGCACGGCUCUAUCUUCCUAGUGGACGCCACGCGUAACAUUCUUGUCGGUAACAGCUGGGGCCAAUCAAUACAGAAUAGAGUGGAGGACAGCACGUCUGGCUCAGCCAUCUACGUCCCUACUCGCAUCUACGAAAUCACUGAGCCCAUCAUUCGUGCUGCCAUGAAGGUGGUCAACGAGAGCGGUAGCUUGACGGAGGUGUUAAAGAGCAGAAAUACAACCCUCAUCACCUUUCCUUUCAAGGGCAACAAUGCACUUCUGAACCUCACAAGGGUGACGGACACGUACGGCCUGGACCUCGUUCUUGGCGUCGUGGCUCUUCGGGGGGACUUUAAGAAGUCUUUUUCUACUGCGCGCACGGCGGCCAUCACGGUGACAGUUCUGGUGGUUGUGAUUGCUGCUGUCGCUGCGAUGAUGAUCGUGUGGUUUGUUGUUCGGGAGAUGAAGCGACUCAUCCCACAGCUCAUCCGCGCAUCCAACCUUGAGGUGUCCCACAGCGACAAGGAACACCGUGUGCAAGGCUGGUUGGCGUACAUUACGGAGAUUCGCUGCAUUCACGAGGCCUUUGUGCGCGUUGAGCGGAGUCUUCGGGAGAUGCGCACGUUUGUUCCUGCGGCCGUCAUGACACUGGCACCGUCUGACGACUCUCACAGCGAUGUGGAUCUCGCUGACGGUAAGACGCGCCGUGUCCGUACUCGCUUUAACGCUAACAUUGUCAAGGACAACACAAACGAGUUUUCGCGCGUGGAUGUCGCGAUGGUGCUGGUGGAUGUGCACCGCGCAGUGGACACGACUGAGGCGUGCUUUAUCAUGGAUAUCAUCUCGCAACGCGCCGAGGAGUACACCGGGUACAUCGAGUCCGUCAGCUCCAGCAGCUUCUUUGUCAACUUCGGCACCCAGUCACAGAACCCGCUCGUCGUGUCGAAAAUCUGCCGCUUUGCGUUCGAGGUGCACCGCUCCAUGCCGGAGUCCAUUCGCAGUCGCGUCGUCUGUUUUGCUGUUCGCAUGCCGUUUCUUGUCGGCACCUGUGGCGCGCGGCACAGCAAGGCCCGUGUGGUGUUUGACACGCAGCGAAUGCUCGACAUUUCGAAGGUGCUCUGGGACAUUGGUUGCCACGUCGCCUCCACGACGGACACCCUCUCGCACUUCGCCACGAGCAGCGCGCAGAUCCCGUGGUACCGCAUUGAUUGUGUGCGCUUCCCGGACGAGGUUUCGCAGGUGACCCUUUGUGAGCUGCGUGACCCGUGGUCGUCGUUGCAGGAUAAUGCGAACAUGCCUAAGAAGAUGGGCGACGGUCUCUCGAAAAUGUGCAAAGGUGAGUACAAAGAGGCGCUCAUGAUUUUUGACUCUGCACAUAGCGAGAACGUGCAACUCAAGCGACUGCGCCAGAUCUGCGUGGAUCGCGUCGCCUCUGGCGAUACGACCAAGUACAUCCAUCUCAUCCAGGACGUCUAUGUGCUGGACACCACUUCCAGCAGCCAAGAGGACAUGGUGAUGGGUGGCGGUGCCGCGAUGUUCGACUACGAUGCCGGCGUCUCUAUCGAUGUGGCGACGAGCACCAGUGGGAUGGGCGAUCCGUUCAAGGAGACACCGGUCUUCGCACGCAGUUUCCGCGGCAGUAUCGCGGGGAUGCCACCCCCAGUGUUAGCGCAACCCGUGGCACACGCUUCAUUUCCUGUCGCGCACCAGGCCGCACCCACCCGCAAAUCGAAAACGUCACUGACGCCAUCUGUGACGACUGGCGGUGAGACACCCGAGCUCUCGCACCUCACCGAGCGGGCUGUGACGACUGCCAUGGGUCCCCGCGAGCUCUCUGCAGGUGCGCCGCUGGUUGCUGGAGUCAACGGCUCGGAUCCUGGUUUCCCCCCCUUCCAUCCGCAAAUCUCUGACGCGACGACGGUGGCAGCCAGCGUGCCUGGGAGCUCCCCUCCGUGGGGCGUGCAGGACGACACCGAGAGUGAGACACCGUCUUUUCUCACGAAUGCCUUCGUCUUCGAGUCCUCUGUGGUCUCGACGGACGCUCUUGGUGCGGCUGUGCAGGGCGGGGAUGAGCCACAGGUUCUGCGGGAUGUGAAUCAGCAUGAGUGGCAGGUCUCCCUCUACCCGAUCGGCAGUGGUGCCUUUAGUUUCAUCUAUCUGGGUAUGUCAGACGAUGGCGUGCAAGUGGCAAUCAAGCGCAUCCCCCGGCUGCACCGCGGCAUCAAGGAGGAGGAGAUGGUCUCGGAGGUGUGCACGUGCGCCAAGCUGCGUCAUCCCAACAUUGUUCCCUAUAUUUCCUGCUGCGUGACUCAGUCGUAUCUGGCGAUCAUUAUGGAAUACAUGCCAGGCGGCUCGCUGCACGACAUCAUCGACAACUUCGGCAAGCUUCCUCGCACCGUGGUGCGUCGGUUCAUGCUCGACAUCGUGAAUGGCCUAGCGUAUUUACAUGAGUCAACGACGCACGGUGACGUGAAGCCGCACAACAUUCUUCUUGGCGUGGACGGCGUAUGCAAGCUCUCCGACUUUGGCUCCGCCUCGGACAAGCUCACGGAGGUCUGCUGCGUCGAUGAGGACCGCCUGAUGCGCGGCACGGCCGUGUACAUUUCACCUGAGGGUGCACGCAACCUUCCACUGACCUCCGCCUCCGACAUCUACUCACUCGGUAUCUCUUUUUUGGAGAUGGUGCUGGGCCGCCUGCCGUGGAAGUGGGCCGACGACGAGAGGACAGACGCGCUCCCGCUGCGACACAACCACGAGUUUGUGCAGUGUCUCACCGCCAAUGCCAUCGUCGUUGACAUUCCCGACGACCUCGACAACGACAUGCGCGAGUUGGCCCUGGCGAGCUGCGCUGAGAAUCCUGAGAACCGACCCACUGCCCAAGAGCUGCUCUCUUUCGCUUUUCUGAUUUGA